CUUUCCCACUUUUUGUGAAGGCAAUUUGUCAACACAAUCCACAUAAUGUAAUAACUAUCAAUGUGAUUCAAUAUAAAUUUGUGAAUACCGCCCAUGAUGAUUCCCGUCGUUUUAUUGUUUAGUGCAUUUACAUUAAGUAGCGCAAAAGUCCUAAAUGUUACCGCUGACUUGCCUACUAACUAUGAAUAUUAUGAAGCCGGAGGUGUUGAAAGUGGUCUCACAGAUAACAAGCCGAAUUUUUAUUUGAACGGAAAAGAAAUCUUCAUUUACAGUGGAGCAUUUCAUUAUUUCCGAGUCCAUAAAACGUAUUGGAGAGAUAGACUUAGGAAGAUGAGAGCAGCAGGACUGAACACAGUUGAAACUUAUAUUCCUUGGAAUCUACAUGAACCUAGAUCAGGUGAAUACGAUUUUGGCAAUGGUAACAACGAUAUGUCGAAUUUUCUUCAUCUUCAGGAGUUUCUAAAAACUGCUAGAGAAGAGGAUUUAUUCGUAAUCAUCCGUUCAGGGCCAUUUAUUUGCGCUGAAUUUGAAUUUGGAGGUCUUCCUAGUUGGUUAUUGAAAGAAAACAAUAUAGAAAUAAGAACAUCCAAUGCUGCUUAUAUGAAACACGUCACGAAAUAUUUCAAUGUGUUGAUGCCGAUUCUUGCACCACAUCAAUUCACUGAAGGUGGACCUAUAAUUAUGUUCCAAGUUGAAAACGAAUAUUCAAUAUCAGGAAAGCACGACUUAAAGUAUUUACAAUUGCUCAGAAACCUGAUGAUUUCCAAGGGUAUCAAAGAAUUAUUAGUUACAGCCGAUAAUCCAGAUAAAGAAACAUACGGUACCCUUCCAGAUCUAUUCCUAAUGACAGGCAACUUCGACAAGAACCCAAAGACACAACUAAAUAUUUUAAAAUCAAUUCAACCGAACAGACCUACAAUGACUAUGGAAUAUUGGGGUGGCUGGUUUGACUUCUGGGGAAAUUCUCAUACAAAAAAAACCUUGGAAGAAUUCCGUUACAACUACGAAGAGAUUCUGCGGUACCCUGCAUCUGUCAACAUAUAUAUGUUCGUCGGUGGCACUAAUUUCGGUUUCCUGAACGGGGCACAGAAUUUGAAGUAUGACGAUGAGAACACGGAUUUCCAUUCCAUUACAUCCAGUUAUGAUUAUCUAUCACCAUUAGAUGAAUCCGGAGAUUACACUGACAAGUAUUGGGCAGCAAAGGAACUUUUAGCGAAAUAUAACCGAGUCCAUACAAAACUGCCAGAUGUGCCCAGUGCACCGAAAAAAAUCGCUUAUGGAAGUGUUGAAAUGGAAAAACAAAUUUUCCUAUAUUAUAUGUUGCAAUCCAUAAAACCAGUUCAUUCGACUAACCCGAUAGCUAUGGAAAAGUUAGACAUCAACAAUGGAAAUGGUCAAAGUUACGGUUACAUUGUUUACCGAAAAACUAAUCUUGAUAUUCCAGCUAAUGGAAUCCUUGAAAUUGAAGGAAGAGUGUGCGAUACGGUGAUGGUUUUAGUCAAUGGAAUUUUAGUAUCACCAUGGUUAGAAAAAUCUUCCGACUUGAAAAAUGCGUUUGGGACGUCAAUGACAAAGAACUCUAAACUAACUCUCACCGACAAACAUUUACAAGGGGCUACUUUGGAUAUAAUUGUGGAGAACUGGGGAAGAGUGAAUGUUGGUGUUUACAAACAAUUCAAAGGUAUUUGGCAGGGAGGAAUAAAACUAAAUGGAAAUUAUUUGAGGGACUGGACAAUAUAUCCGCUCGAGUUCACUAAAAGUUGGACGAAGAGCCUCACUCAGUGGAGCAGUAUUCUUGAAGAUUCUAAAGGUCCAUCUCUCUACAGAGGAACUUUGGAAAUAAAAGGUACCCCUGAAGAUACCUUCAUUCAUAUGGAAAGUUGGGUAAAAGGAAUUGUAAUCGUCAAUGGAUUUGUACUAGGUAGAUAUGCAAGAAUGGGUCCUGUUCAGACAUUAUAUCUGCCAGCACCUUUGUUGCAAAGUGGAAAAAAUGAUAUUUUAGUUUUUGAACAUUUUCAGCCCUUUAGGAGCGUAGACUUUGUAAAGAACCAUAUUUAUAAAUCAUAUUGAAAUAUAAAUGAUUUAUUGAUAUACCGCUACAACACAUAAUAAAACUUCAUUCAAUCUA